CUUGCAACUCGUGGCGACUCAAUUGCACCCACGUGUCACUGCCAAUUGCUUUUAUUAUCGCGGGUGUUGAACUGGGGUGUAUAGUGUUUGCUUUCUCGACUUUUUCAUACUUCCUCGCGACCAGAAUCUCGUAGCAGACUUUUCGUCAUCUUACGUCAGGAUCAUCCAGGAACGGCUUCAUUUGCAUAGUCCACUACACGUAUCAAAACGGCUCAUCCCGACUUUUACGAGACCGCGAGUCUCACAUGUCCGGUCCAACCUCGAACCCAGGCUUGAAGCCCAAUGGCAGUUCAGCCUAUGGCACAUUCCCACGACCGAGGUUAAGCUCAGGCGUCGACAGUCAAGACAGCGUCGACAGCACUGCCGCACAGAGUAAUGGCGACGACGUUUCCCCAAAACGCAAACCCUUACCACCGCGCAAGUCAUCCAGACAUGUGGAGUUUAGGAACCAUCUGAAACGACCCCAUCUGACCGAAAGUCAUCGGACUCUGAGCGAUGCCUUGCGCUCGGCGAAAAGCCGUGAAGAGCAGGAGACCUUGAUGCCAGAUGAUGUCAAUGCGGGUGCUGAUGGAUGCUUCAAUGGGGGAGGCGAGCCCGUGGGACCUCGAGAGGUGUUUGCUCCGUAUCAGCAUUCGGGAUUGAAGGUGUACUACAACAUCCAUCGGAUACGAAGACUCCUCUUGGCCGUCAUCGAAGAUCCAUAUACUGUUGAACAGCUGAGGGAACCUCGAAUGAAUGUUCUGAUCGUCAAACCACUUGUUGACAGACUUUAUGAUGAAGACGACAUUUCCAUAGUGUACUGUCUUCUGGUCAACCGUAUGCAAUUCCUGCGUGAACAGCAAUUCCAGCAACACCAUCAAACGGUGGAUCUUACUCGUGCCAAUCUCUGUGAGCUAGUGGCAAUGAAGGUUCUGCGACGACACGAUGAAGAAAGUACCGGCAAAGCAGGACUCCUGCUCCUGGCGCAGAUCCUUGUCGCACCGUUUCAGCCCUUCCAAGGCGCUCCCGAAGAACGCUGUCCACAGAGACAUUUGCCAUCGGAGUAUCAAGGACAAGGCGACUACGAUGGCAAAUUGACGGCUUUGGAGGUCGCCAUCGUGUCUGAAAGUAAGGUACUGCUCAGCAGCUCGGCCUCCCAAAAGGUCAUUGACGCUGUGUACCGCGGACGCAUUGUCUACACCCCAACCACGUUUAUCGAUAUCAUUCCUGAUCACUACAAACACAAGGCGAUAGCCUUGUACGAUCCUCGCAAGGCUCCGUUGCUGAACCAAUACCGUCUCAUGGUGCCCCGGACGCGCAAUGUUAUCGAAGUCGUACAGUUCAUGUUACUCCUUGCAUCGUACUGUUGGUGUAUGCACAGACGUCAAGACCACACCCUUACCAACGCAGAGAUUGUGUUCAUGCUCUAUGGCGCAGGAUGGGUGUUGGAUGAAUUGGCGUCAUGCCUGGAACACGGUUGGGAAGUUCAUACGCAAGAACUCUGGGCGUUUCUAGACGUCACUUUCGCCGGUAUCUUCAUCAUCUACUUCAGCAUGCGAAUCCACGGCUGGGUGAUUGGGGUUGACGAGACGGGCAGGCAGGCGCUGGACGUCCUCGCUGUCGCUGCACCGAUACUCUUCCCACGUAUCGCAUUCAAUCUGAUGCCUGAGAACAUGCUCUUCAUCGCAUUGAGAGCCAUGGUCAAGGAGUUCACGGCCUUGAGUCUCAUCGCGUUCUGGUGCUUUGGCGGCUUCCUCCUCGCGCUGAAGUGGCUCAGCAUGAGCAAUCCUCACGUGGGGUCCGAAGAUUCCCCCAACGUAAUCACAAUUUCCAAGUGGAUGCUCUGGAUCUGGUUUGGUCUUGACGGCACUGGCAUUGACGAAGCGCCCAAGUUUCACGAGAUUCUUGGCCCUACUCUAAUGGUCAUUUACGCCUUCAUAGGCAACACGUUGUUCCUGACUGUCCUCGUCUCGAUUCUCUCAAACACUUUCUCCAAAAUCGCCGUGGAUGCUACAGCAGAAGUGCAAUUCCGCCGCGCAGUCAUGACCUUUGAAGGCGUAAAGUCCGACUCGCUCUUCGCCUAUCGUCCGCCCUUCAACCUUCUCGCGUUCGUGGUCCUCCUUCCGCUAAAGUUUCUGCUCACGCCACGCUGGUUCCACAAGAUCAACAUCACAGCUGUUCGCAUUCUCAACGCCCCAAUCCUCCUCUUCAUCGCGUAUCACGAGCGCAAAGCCCUCUGGAAACCCGUUCGACGCCGCAGUCUGAGCGGCCCCGGGCCCACCAAGCGCUCAAAAUGGUUGUUCGACGGCGGCUUUUGGGCAUGGAGCAAGAUGAGUCCGCAUGAGGAUCUCCGAGCUGUAUUUCAAGACGAGCCGCCACAGGCUAUCGUUUACCAGAUCGAGGAGGAGGAUGAUCUCGAGGAUGCGAUUCUGGAGAACAGUUUCGCAGGUGCUGCUGCUGCUGGAGCCGCGAAUCGAAGUAUCAGUCCCGGGAGUGUGUUGACGAGACGGAGGCGGUUAAGCAGCGUGUGGCCGACUCCUUCGGUGUAGGUGUUUUUCGUGUUCGGCCGUUGCCACAAGUUGUCAUCACAGGGCUGGCGGGGAGUUGCUGGGUAUCACUUUUAUAUGCUCAAGAUAGCGGACUUGACUUUGCAUCAUGAUCGGUUUAUCCUGUGUAGCGAAUCUGUAUUUACCAAACACUUCACAUACAUAAAAAUAUACGAGAAGCCAC